UCAUUUAUUUAUAAACCAAACCAAUUACAUCACAUAGAGAACAUAACACAAUAAAACAUAACAUAACAUGGAAAAAGUGUUGCGAGGAAAUGAGGUAUUUGGUGAAUCAUGCAAUUGGUUCAAGUCUGUUGUAGCAUUAACUUUGUGUUUUGGAGCAAUUCAUUUCAAUCUUGCUUUGAUACUCUUUGCUAUCUUCUUCCUUUCUUUCUCAAAAGCACUUUUGCUUUUUGGUUUCCUCAUGCUGCUUAUGAUUCUUCCUGUGGAUAAGAACAGUUUAUUGGGCCAAAAAUUAUCCAGAUUCAUAUGCAAACAUGUUUGCAGUUAUUUCCCCAUUACUCUUCACUUGGAGGAUGCAGAAGCUUUCCAUCUUAAUCAACCUUAUGUUUUUUGCUAUGAGCCACAUUCAGUUUUCCCAUUUGGCAUUUUUGCACUUCAUGACAACAUAGACUUCAUGCCUAUUCCAAAUAUAAGAUUUCUUGUUAGCAGUGCAGCUUUCUACAUACCAUAUUUAAGACAAAUAUGGACAUGGUUAGGUUUUUCAUAUGUAACGAAGAAAAAUUUAAUAUCCUUGUUGGUAGCUGGUGAAAGUUGCAUUAUAGUACCUGGUGGAAUGAGAGAAACACUUUUUAUGGAACAUGGUUGUGAGAAUGUAUAUCUUAAAGAAAGAAAAGGAUUUGUUCGAAUAGCAAUGGAGAUGGGUCACCCCCUUGUUCCGGUUUUCUGCUUUGGUCAGACAAAUAUCUAUAAGUGGUGGAAAGCUUCUGGUAAGUUAAUUCAAAAUCUUGCAAGUUCUAUGAAGAUCUUUCCAUUAAUAUUCUGGGGAAAAUUCGGAUCUCCUGUACCAUUCAAGAAUCCAUUGUAUGUGGUGGUGGGGAAACCAAUUCAGGUUGAGAAGAUUCCAGAACCAACAUCAGAGCAGGUUGCCAAAGUACAUAGUGAGUUUGUUGAAGCACUUCAAGAACUUUUUGAACGACACAAGACUCAAGCUGGAUGUACAAACCUUGAGUUGAAAAUUGUUUGAAAAUACCUACCAUGCAUGAUUUCAUCCCAUUUAUAUUUAAGUUGGUUGAUGUAUUUAUUUAGUACUCUUUAUUUCUUUCAAUUUGUUUGUGAUUCACACCUUAUUAUUAAUGAUGGAUCCUUAUAAAAUAUUUAAUGUAUUCUAA